AUGUCGUUCCUGUGGCUGGCGGUGUCCACUGUGUUUUAUGGCGUUGCAGGGCGUGAGUGUGAACGGCCCAAUCGCUCUGCGGUGAUACCGGAGGAACACAGUAGCUUUAAGGAGUUCUUUAUGAGCGAUCUACGUGCCCGCGUUCUACAGUACACAAUGCACCCCCAUUCCGAGUUAGCGGGUGGGAAGACCCCUUCUGGUUACCAGACGUAUUUGCGGCAAAUCAAACGCUGGGCGGAUGAGGAGAAUGAGGGGGAAGGGGCUCUGCAACCUCGGGCGGCUCAGGCAUUCAACUACAGCCCUGGAAAUGUGAAUAAAGCUUAA